AUGGGGGUCGAUUAUUACAAAGUUCUUCUGGUGGAUCGAAACGCGAAAGACGAUGAUUUGAAGAAAGCUUAUCGCAAACUCGCCAUGAAAUGGCAUCCCGACAAGAACCCUAACAGCAAAAAAGAAGCCGAAGCCAACUUCAAGCAGAUCUCUGAAGCUUACGAUGUUUUGAGUGAUCCUCAAAAGCGAGCUAUCUACGAUCAAUACGGAGAAGAAGGUCUAAAUAGCCAAGCUCCGCCUCCCGGAGCCGGCGGAUUUCCGGGUGGUUCAGACGGAGGGCCUUCAUUCCGGUUCAACGGUAGAAGCGCCGAUGACAUCUUCUCGGAGUUCUUUGGCUUCCCAAGACCCUUUGGCGACUCACGUGGUGCAGGUCCCUCUGGUGGGUUCCGGUUCCCUGAGGACGUUUUCUCGUCUUAUAGGUCGGGUACAGGAGAAGCCUCGAAUGCUAUACCGAGGAAAUCUGCUCCUAUAGAGAGACAACUUCCUUGUAGUUUGGAGGAUUUGUAUAAAGGAAUCACUAAGAAGAUGAAGAUCUCUCGGGACGUCCUCGAUUCCAGCGGGAGAGCCACAACGGUCGAGGAGAUCUUGACCAUAGAAAUCAAGCCGGGAUGGAAGAAAGGGACUAAGAUAACCUUCCCGGAGAAAGGGAACGAGCAGCGAGGAAUCAUACCGUCAGAUCUUGUGUUCAUAGUUGAUGAGAAGCCACAUGCUGUGUUCAAGCGAGAUGGGAACGACCUUGUGAUCACACAGAAGAUCCCUCUCGUGGAAGCCCUCACUGGUUGCACCGUUCAGGUUGCAACUUUGGAUGGAAGAACGAUAACAGUUCCAGUCAACAAUGUGAUCAGUCCUUCCUAUGAAGAGGUGGUGAAAGGCGAAGGCAUGCCAAUCCCUAAAGACCCGUCAAAAAAAGGGAACUUGAGAAUCAAAUUCAACGUUAAGUUCCCGUCGAGGCUAACACCGGAGCAGAAAACUGGAAUCAAACGGAUGUUUUCGGCUUCGUAG